GACAUCUCCUCUGUCAACCUGGCCGCAGCAAUGGAGCGAGCCGGCGUCCUAGACUGGAACCUGCAGCAACAGCUGCGUCCGCACAUGGAGAAUCUGAAACCGCGGGCGUCCAUCUACAUCCCGGAUUUCAUCGCAGCCAAUCAGGCGGAGCGGGCAGACAAUGUGCUGACCGGAACCAAACAGGAAGUGAUGGAGCAGGUGAGGGCGGACAUCCGGGACUUCAAGCAGCAGCAGCGGCUGGACAAGGUCAUCGUGCUGUGGACGGCCAACACGGAGCGCUUCUGUGACGUCACGCCGGGUCUCAACGACACGGCCGACGAGCUGCUGCGGUCGAUAGCAGCCGACGCGGCGGAGGUAUCACCGUCAACGCUGUUCGCAGUCGCCAGUAUCUUGGAAGACUGCUGCUACAUUAACGGCGCGCCGCAGAACACCUUCGUACCAGGAGUCAUCGAGCUGGCAUCGCCGCCCGCCCAGUCGCACCAUCUCGGCGACGACUUCAAGUCGGCGCAGACCCGCGUCAAGUCCGUGCUCGCAGACUUCCUCGUGUCCCGCCGGCAUCAAGCCGUCUCGAUCGUCAGCUACCCACCCCUUCACCGGAACAACGACGGCCUCAACCUGUCCGAGCCGCGACAGUUGUCGCUCGAGGAGGUGACGAAGAGCGGCGUCAUCGAUGACGUCGUCGCGUCAAACCGGAUCCUGUACGCGACGCCAGCGAUCGCGAUGGGCGGCCGCACACGCCUUCGUUUCCUGCACAACACGUGCGAGACUCGCUGCUUGCCCGCUCCUCACGUAGUCGACCUCUCAUCAUCCCUCGCCAGAGCUGUGCGCGCGCCGGUUUGCGCUGUUAGCGUCGACGCGGCGCCACCUACCGCACGGCAUCCCACCCUCCAGUGCCUGUCCAGCGUGCUGGCCUACCUCGUACAGGCGCCGCUCGUGCCACCGCCGGCAAGCGCCGUAGUUAACGCUCUGUUCGCACAGCGAGCGUGCCACUCGAGAAAACGCUAUGCUGCGCGCUGCGCCGGCCUGCCUCCCGUUAACACAUGA